GCUCCCCCCGAUCAACAUUGAGCUCUCCACGCUGCCGAGAAGUCCAGGGUCGCAGCAGCGAGGUGGCCACGGCCCGAGACUCCAUAGAAAGCUACAGCAAGGCAUGAAGGAUGAAGUUCUACAUAUAGUUCUGCUCAAUAAACCUUAACCAGAGAUGAGAACGAAUACCAUGAGGACACCACAGACCUAAAUAAUAGUGUUUGAUUUCACAGAAUAAAAUCUCUUUGAGAAGAAGCACUACAUGAGAAUCCUGGGCAAGAUGGUGAGAGAACCAGUGGGAGUGUGAGUCUCUGCAAGGGCAAGUGUCCAUAAAGACAGUCUGCGUGUGUGGGAGUGUGCAGAACGGGGAAGAAACCUGUGUUGGCCCACCCAACUCUGUUCAGCCUCCAACCCGAGACCCAGAAGCAAUCUCUGCACCUCUCUGGGAUUGACCAUCGCUGGCACAGAGAGGAAGCUUCAGGAGCAGAUACGGAGAGACAGAUACCCCACCCCCAUGCUGGACUAGGCACAGAUACAUCUGAUUUGAGUGGGAGACUUGGCAGCAGCAGACAACUUGGGAAACUUGCAGAUGUCCAAAAAUGAUUGAGGUAGAGCAGGCAGAAGCCCAGCUCUCUGAGUUAGACCUGCUAGCCAGUAUGUUCCCUGGUGAGAAUGAGCUCAUAGUGAAUGACCAGUUGGCUUUAGCAGAACUGAAGGAUUGUACUGAAAAGAGGACAAUGGAGGGGCGAUCUUCAAAAGUUUACUUUACUAUCAGUAUGAACUUGGACGUAUCUGAGGAAGCAACGGUGAUAUUUUCUCUGGCCUGUAUCCUUCCUUUUAAGUACCCUGCUGUUCUGCCUGAAAUUACUGUCAGAUCAGAAUUAUUAAGUAGAUCCCAGCAGACUCAGCUGAACACUGAUCUGACUGCAUACCUGCAAAAGAAUUGUCUUGGAGAUGUCUGUAUAUUGAAUGCCACAGAGUGGGUUAGAGAACAUGCCUCUGGCUAUGUCAGCAGGGAUAUCUCAUCUUCUACCAGGGGAAGUACAGUACAGUCAGUUGAUCUCAUCUUCACAAGACUCUGGAUCUACAGCCAUCAUAUCUAUAGCAAAUACAAAAGAAAGACUAUUCUAGAGUGGGCAAAGGAGCUUUCCCUCUCUGGGUUUAGCAUGCCUGGGAAACCUGGUGUUGUUUGUGUGGAAGGCCCACAAAGUGCCUGUGAAGAAUUCUGGUCAAGACUCAGAAAAUUAAACUGGAAGAGAAUUUUAAUUCGCCAUCGAGAAGAUAUUCCUUUUGAUGGUACAAAUGAUGAAAUGGAAAGACAAAGAAAAUUUUCUAUUUUUGAAGAAAAAGUGUUCAGUGUUAAUGGAACCAGAGGAAACCAUAUGGACUUUGGUCAGCUGUAUCAGUUCUUAAAUGCCAGAGGAUGUGGGAAUGUUUUCCAGAUAUUCUUUGGUCUGGAAGGACAAUGACUGAGUGGAAGAGCAGUCGAAAGUAUUUUAUCGUGGUUGGCCUUUUGAUUUUUUUCCUAUUCUUUCUUGAAAGAUUAAGUAAUUUUAUUUUAGUUCCAUUCUAGAAUGUUAGGGAGGACAAAAAAUAGCAAGAAAAAGUAGCAGUAUAGCUGGAAUGCAUCUGUUAAAAAUAUGUCUUGAUUAAAAGCAGAACUGAAUUUCAAA